ACAUAAAAUGGGAAAUGGAAAAUUUAAUAUUGUGUACAAAUUCCAAACAAAUGUAUAACAGAAUCAAAACUACAUUAUAUAUCUAAAAUAACACAUGAAGCAAAAUGAAUUCUGUUUUGUCCUCAAAUCCUUAUAUGUAUGUACAAUACAGCAGAGAGAUUCAAAACAGUGUUAUAUUAUUUGAAAAAAUAAUUACUUUAUUGAUACACAUGUGGGUUGAAAGAGUGUAUGUUAAUAGCGAUAAUUAUAUACCAUAACUAGUUAUACAAAUGACAAAAUCUUACUGGUUUAUAUCUGAAAUGAUUUGACCAAAUAUUACAUAGGAUAAUAAUAGGCAAGGAUGAUUAUCUUACUUAUUAUCCAUCCUGUGAUUUUUGCAUUGCUUGUAUUAUGGUAUUUUAAAUAUCUAUGUCUACUAUUUUAAUUUCCCCUUAAAAGAAGGGCAUUCAAGAUAAAAAAUAGAACGUUGCUAAGGCGAAAACAUAUCAUGUUAUUAAAUCAUUGUAAAAAUUUAUUUUAUAGUCUUUAGAAAUUGACGUUUUCUUUUUAUUUAUGAAAGAGAGGUGAUAUUUUCUCCACAGAUUUUGAAAUUUUUAUUAAUAUUUUUAAUUCUUUAAAAUUUCUGUUGAUAUUCUAAGUGAGAUAAUCAACCACGCGUUUUCUUGUGGACAUCUACGAUGUCCGAUAUUCUAGAAGAUGUCGAAAUUGUAUUUAUUAGUUAAAAAUACAUUGACUAUCUUGUAAAUUAUUUUAUAAUAAUGGAGCUUAGCUGAGUCUUGUGAGGACAAUGAUGCUAGACGCUUAUUUGCUCCAAAGAAAAGUAAAUAGGGAAUUAUGGAACGAUUAUUGAUAAAAAAAAUUUAAUAUAAAACUAAGUGCGAUUGUGUAAAAGAGAUAUUAAUGAAUAAUUAGAGACGUUUGGAAGUUUCGAGUACCUUAAUUACAGUCCUUUUUGUUACAGCAACAGUAAUUGAUUAUAUAUGGACUUGUUAAAAUGAAUCAUGUUAGAAUGGUUCUUUUUUACAAAUCCACAAAUUUAAUUGUGUGCAGUGUGCUUCACCAAAGCAAGAUCAUGUUUCUGCACACUGUUGUGAUAGCUUUAACAAUUAUGCAGUUUAAUUUUGUGCAAAAAUUUCAGCAAUAAACUGCGAUAUGAUUCGAAAUAUCCACAAUAUACCAAAUCUAUCGAUAGUAAAUUUUGUAAGGCAUUUGCUGCAGACUUUAUCAGUGGAGAAGUUACAGAAUUGAUGCGUCAUGUUCAACGAUCAUACACGAGUAUUCUAUGUAUAUGAUCAUGUGCGGCCGUGUCACGUCCAUUGGGACCUGUUAACAAAAAAUCGAGCAUAAUGCAGACACAGUAUUCCAUGCCAAUCUGUUACAACAUGCUAAUGGAAUCGUUGGCGUACGCAAUGACCGUUGAUAUUUUGUAAUUAAAUGAGAAUAGAAUUCAAGCUGAAGAUAAAAUUCUCCGAUUAAAAUUCGUGAAAACAUUGUACGACUUAAAAACAAAAAAAAAGGAAUAGAACUAUAAUUUCUCUUAGAUCGGUUAUCGGUAUUCUUAUUUUAUAUGACGGCAUGGAGUGAAGCAGGGUCUGUGUUAUACGCCUCAUUUUAAUGUAUUAUUUAGGAUGUUAAUAAAUGUUGCAAUUGCUAUUUUUUCACAUCUGUAAUAGCGACGACACUUGCACCGUUGUAUAUACGAAUUUGUACAUAAGGCGUGUAUUAAUGAUAAUUAUAGAAAUGAGAUUCAUAUUGAAAGGACUGUCCCGUUUUUACGUUUAUAUUUUAGGUAAAACAAUAAGUAAAAAAUCUCGGGGAAAAAGCGAAUAAACAAAUUGACAGAAGCCUUUGCGUUGUGUAUCUUCUUUCCUUGAAACGCACACGAUACACCUCUCGCCAUUCCUCAUUUUCUCUCGAGCAUUGUAUUUCAAGUGUAGAAAGAACAGAACACUUAAGUUAGCUUAUUCAAUUUCCAUAAUUAUAUAUUUAUUUUACGUGCAGAAAAUAUAACAGUGCAAGGAAUAGAUCUAUUAUCGUAUGUCUGUUAGAUUAUACAGAUAUUGUACAUUGUACAGAUGUCGGUAUUUAUCGUAUGUUAUAUCCCGUGCACCGGCUUCUUAACCUAUAAAAUUGGUCAACUCGCUCGCGAUUAUUGAAACAGUUUUCAAUUUUAUUAAAAAAAAAAAAAAAAAAAUAGGUUAUACGAGUUUUUAUUCGUCAUACAAUUUAAGAAAAGAUACAAGUAAAUUUUGAAAACAUGUUAAACUUGUUUAUCAAAACGGAGAUUUAUCAAGGACUUGCGUGCUUUAUAGCUCCAAAAGCGGAUUGAAGACAUUUUAAAUAUUUACUUCCACAAGAAACCAUCUUUGUUUAGCUUUCAAAAAUUCAAUUGAAUUGAACUGAAGAGAGAUCAAUCGUUGAUGUUUGAUUUUCAACAUGUCAAAAGGACUGUAUUAUAGAAACUGCUUCAGAAAAUGUUUGAUACAACGAAAAUGCACAGACUCUCAGCGGCUUCGAGCUUAUCGUAUGAUCCAUGGAACAAACCCCAGGCUUUUGCACGCAUCUAUGGUUAAUGCAAACACAGCUGAACACACCAUUAUAGAUCAGAAACCAAUAAGGAAUAUUAAAGAUGGUCCAUCCUUGAGGGACUUCUUGAAUCCAUCCAUUAUCGAUAUUCCUGAUGAAGAACCUGUCCCAUAUGUACAAAACAUCCAUGGCAAUAAUCAAAAAGUAUACUUCAAAAUUUAUGGUUGCCAAAUGAAUGAGAAUGAUGCUGAUAUAAUAUGGUCAGUAUUGAAAUCGCAUGGCUACAAGCACACACAAUAUUUGGAGGAUGCUGAUAUUGUGUUGCUCAUCACUUGUGCCAUCAGGGACAAUGCCGAGCAGAAGAUAUGGAAUAAAUUGGAGAAUUUGAAUGGUAUAAGGAAUAAGAUAAAGAGAAUAACGGGAAGAUCUAUGAAGAUUGGUCUCUUAGGAUGCAUGGCAGAACGCUUGAAGACUAAAAUAUUAGACAGGGGAAAGCUUGUAGAUGUAAUAGCCGGACCUGAUAGUUAUAAGGAUUUGCCAAGAUUACUGGCUGUAACAGACAAUGAAACGGCUAUUAAUGUUGUAUUAUCAUUUGAUGAAACAUACGCAGAUGUCACGCCAAUUAGACUUAAUCAGGAUUCUACUGGGGCAUAUGUUUCUAUAAUGAGAGGUUGCGAUAACAUGUGCACUUACUGUAUCGUACCGUUUACAAGAGGUAGAGAGAGAUCCCGACCGGUCGCAAGUAUACUUGAAGAAGUCCGACAGUUAUCGGAUCAAGGCGUAAAGGAAAUAACUCUGCUCGGACAAAACGUGAAUAGUUACAGAGAUUUAUCGAAAUCGGAAUUUGUUUUAUCAGUUAACACAGAUACCCACCUUGCUAAAGGUUUUAAAACAGUUUACAAAAAUAAGAAGGGCGGUUUAAGGUUUAGUGAUCUUUUGGAUCAAGUGUCCUUAAUUAAUCCGGAAAUAAGAAUAAGAUUUACGUCGCCUCAUCCUAAGGACUUUCCCGAUGAGGUGUUGCACCUGAUAGCCGAAAGACCAAACAUUUGUAAGCAGAUUCACUUACCUGCUCAAAGCGGCAACUCUAUAAUUCUGGAGAGAAUGCGAAGAGGGUACACCAGAGAAGCGUAUUUAGACUUGGUGUAUCAUAUACGUGAUAUUCUUCCAAAUAUAAACUUUUCCAGCGAUUUCAUCGCCGGGUUCUGCGGCGAGACCGAGGAACAGUUUCAAGAUACAUUGUCACUAAUAGAAGAAGUUAAAUACAAUUGUGCAUAUUUAUUCGCUUAUAGCAUGCGCGAGAAAACCGCGGCACAUAGGCGAUAUAAGGAUGACGUUGAAUCGUAUAUAAAGAUAGAUCGUGUGAAUCGCAUGAAUGAGCUAUAUAGAAAAGAGGUGGAAAAAUUAAAUAAAGCACAAAUAGGGCAAUAUCAGCUCAUUCUCGUGGAAAGCACGAGCAAAAGAUCCAAUGAAAAGUUACAAGGUAGAAACGACGGCAAUGUAAAAGUUAUAAUACCAUCUAUGGCUAUUCCAAUUGCUCGACACUCGAAUACAACAAGGAAGAUACAAGCUGGCGAUUAUGUUGUCGUACAAAUUGAUAAUGCCAACUCUCAGACUUUACAAGGAAUACCUUUAUACCAUUCUUCAAUUACAGAACAGUCAUUAAACAAGUAAUAAUUAUUGUUAGAUUAUUAUUAUUGUCCUAAUUAGUAAAAAUUAUAAUUAUAUCAAUAAACUAGCACAAAUGUUUUUCAUUAUAAAA